AUGUUUGCAAAGCCUAAAACUAGGGAUAGCGCAACAGAGAAACAAAAAAUGUAAACUGGAAACUCUCCUUAAAGAUAGACUUUCAGAAAGACUCAUAUGGCUAAUUCUGUUCGGUUUACUGAUUUCACUUAAGCUGCUGGAGGUUUAGACUCACCAAAUAUAUUUCCUAUGUAUUAGUCUUUAACAGCUAACUCAAAUUCUGAGAAAAGGAUUGAUAAACUAGAAGAAAGACUAUCUAUAUUAGCAAGCUAAUAUGAUUAAUUUAUUCCAUUACUUGGCUUGCUUGAAUAAGCAAAUAAUAUAAAUAAAGCAGAUGCAACCAUUAAAAAAAUAUAAAAAAAGUAGAUAGAAAAUGAUGAAAAAAUAAUUCAAUUCUCGUAAUAGAUAUAAACUUUACAAAAGAAUGUAGAUGUGAUAAAAUACUAAUAUUUAAGUGGCAUAAGUUAAAUAGAUAACUCGAAAAUGCCUGUUUAGUAAAUGAAAAGAGAAAAAUCUCAGAGCAGUAAUAGCAAUUAAGAAAGUGAGUAAAAUUUGAAUAUACUAAAGAAAAACUAAAAUAAGAUAGAAAGCGAUUUCAAUAAUAUUAUCAGAGAGAUGAAAGAUGAUAUAAAUUCCAAGCUUGCUGCUCAUAAUAAAUCUCUAGAAGAUUUUAAGUAGAUAUUUAGUAAUGAAUAGACUGGUAUUCAAUAAGCGAUAAAUCAUAUUUCAGCUAAUUAUUAAAAUUUGAUCAAUUCUGGAAAAUUUGGAGGUGUUAACUAGUAGGUGAUAGGGGAUAACAGCAAAUUGAUUGAAGAGAGAGUUGAUAUGUAAAUGCAUAUUUUGAGAGAAUAAAUUGAAAAAGAGUUUAUCAGCAUUUGGAGAGAAAUAGGGGUAGUUUGUGUUCAUUAUCAACUUCAAUUAGAUUAGAAAAGAAAAGAAAGAGUAAAUAAUUUACUUGUCCUUCCUGAUAACUUGGAUAAGUUUGAAAGAUUGUUAAAAAUUAACAAUGUCGAAUAAGGAGUAUUACUUGAUGAAAUGGAUCAGUUCAAUAAAGAAAAUUGUCAAAGACUAGUUAAUGAAUUAAGAAAUUUAGAAGAUAGAAUAAAUAUAAAGUAAGAGAGAUUGCAGCUAUUCCGAAAUAGACUAGAUGAAGUAGAAAUAGAAAAUACAAAAAAGGAAAUUGAAAUGAUUCAUGAAUAAUUUAAUAGUCUUAAAAAUUAAGUUGAUGGAACAAGAAAAAUAAGUGUAUAUGAACUCAAGCGAAUAGAAGAUAAAAUGGAGUAAAUCGAUAAUAUAAGAGUAAAAAUAUCAAAUGAUCCAAAUGAGAAAAAAGAUCUUCAAAGAAUUACCUAGGAUAUCAAGAAAGCAAUUUCAUUUUAAGAAAAAAUAUCAAAAUUAGUAGAAUAAAUAGAUGAAAAUCUUAAAAUAGUUUCAGGUUUUCAAUUAAAAAUAGACGAAAAGCUUGUAAAUUUACACUAAGAAGUGUAUGCAUAAUGA